AUGACUGCCUCAGAGGAGGAUAUUGAGAAGAAGGGCGUGACCGCCGUAGAGCCCGCUGGGGAUAGGUCUAUGCCGGCAUACGACGAUGUUGCGGUCGGCACUACCCAGAUCAGCCCUCUCAAGCGGAGUCUGCAGGGUCGUCAUAUGCAGAUGAUCGCUAUUGGUGGUUCCAUUGGUGCUGGUCUGUUUGUCGGUACUGGUAGUGCAUUGAGCGCGGGAGGUCCUGGAGCUUUGCUCGUCUGUUACUUGAUUGUCGGUGGCAUGCUUCUGCUCACGGUCCAGGCGCUGGGAGAGUUGGCUGUUGUAUAUCCUGAAAAUGGUGCUUUCUUCACUUACUGCGUUCGGUUCAUCAAUCCUGCUUGGGGUUUCGCUGUCGGCUGGGAUUAUGCUAUCAGUUGGCUCAUCAUCCUACCCUUCGAGAUCACUGCCGCUGGUAUCACCAUUCAAUAUUGGCGCGAUGACUUGAACGUCGGGAUAUGGAUCGCAGUCUUUUUGGUUAUCUUGUCCGCGAUUCAAUUCUUCGGCGUUCGUGGAUAUGGUGAAGUCGAAUUCGCACUCGGUAUGAUCAAAGUCAUCGCGGUCAUCGGCUUCAUCAUCCUCGGUAUCGUUAUCGACUGUGGCGGUGCCCCCAAGGGUGGAUAUAUUGGUGCCCAUUACUGGCAUGACCCCGGCGCGUUCACCGAUUUCAAGGGCUUCUGCUCGGUGUUCGUGACAGCUGCAUUCGCCUUCUCUGGUACUGAGCUGGCUGGUCUCGCUGCUGCUGAGGCCGCCAACCCCGCCAAGUCUGUGCCCAAAGCCACCAAGCAGGUCUUCUGGCGUAUCAUGAUCUUCUAUGUCCUGGGAACAUUCAUUGUCGGCCUGAUCGUCCCUCACACUGCCGACUACCUGCUCAACUCCUCAGGUGCUAACACAAAGGCUUCUCCCUUCGUUGUCUCGAUCGCAAAUGCCGGUAUCAAAGGCCUACCAUCAGUGAUGAAUGUUGUUAUCACCAUCUCCGUCAUCAGUGUCGCCAACUCUGCCACCUAUGGAUCUAGCCGUACUCUCCAGGCCUUGGCUGCGCGUGGCAUGGCCCCCAAGUUCAUGGCGUACGUUGACAAGAAGGGUCGUCCCGUGUACUGCAUCCUUCUCCAAAUCGCCUUUGGUUUCCUUGCUUUCAUCAACGAGGCAUCGAGCACUGGCGGCAUCAUCUUCAACUGGCUUCUGGCUCUGUCCGGUACUAUUUCCUUCUUCGUCUGGGGAAGUAUCUGCCUUGCGCACGUUCGCUUCCGCGCCGGUUGGAAGCACCACGGUCGUGAAGUCAGCGAGCUUGCCUUUGCCGCUCCGUUCGGCGUAAUUGGAAGUUGGAUUGGCUUUGGUCUGAACGUGAUGUGUCUGGUCGCUGAGUUCUAUGUAUCGGUUGCUCCCAAGGAUGCGGAGGUCUUCUUUGAGAACUACCUCGCAGGCGUGCUGAUCAUUGCCCUGUUCAUUGUCUGGGUGAUCUAUACCAAGUUCAACAAAGAUCCCAAGCUUGACCGGGGUGCUUGGUUCGUGAAGGUGCAAGACAUGGAUGUCUUUAGUAACAUGCGUGACACUGCAUUGGACGUUGACCUCCCCCCAAGGUUGUGUACCACACUUGGGGAGAGUGGUUCAAGGCGGCACCCAUGA